CAACUUCAGAAAGCAGGGAGUAAGAGGACGCGUCCGAACGCCUGGCUAGUAUGACAAUCAACACCAUAAACCAAGGAGGACCUUACAAAAUGCAAAUGCCGUGCUUUAGCAAGAUGGAGCGAGUAAUCGUAGCCAUGCAAGACCCCGAUGUCGGGAUAAAGAUGCGAAACCAGAGACUUGUGAUCACGGUUAUCCCGCACGCAAUCACCGGAAAUGAUGUGGUGGACUGGCUGAUGCAGAAGUUUAACAUCAGCGAGGAAGAGGCGCUGCACGUGGGGAACCUCAUAGUGAAGUACGGCUACAUUUACCCACUGAAGGAGCCCAAGAACCUGGUGCUCAAGCCUGACGAAACACCCUACCGCUUUCAGACUCCGUACUUCUGGACUACAAGCAAGUGGCCCUCCUCGGAGCUUGAUUACGCGAUUUAUUUGACAAAGAAGAACAUCUGCAAACAAGGGGAUUUGGUCGAGUACGAGAAGUACAAUUACAAUCUGCUGCACAAACGCAUCAACCACACGUGGGACUUCGUGGUGAUGCAAGCCAGAGAGCAGCUCAGGGUGGCGAAGCAGAGGAGGAAAGCUGAUCGAAUUGUGCUGGAGUGGCAGGAACAGGCCUACUGGCUUGUCAACAGACCUCCGCCAGGCACUUUCAACAUCUUGGAGCACGGCCCUGAGCGAGGGAACUGUCUGCACUCCCGAGUCCAGCUGAACAGCGAAUACUUCAAAAAACAGAUUGAACUCGCGAAGAAAGCCUUGAUUCGGCCGCGGGUCAAGUCUUCCAUCUGCCUGGAGUGGUUUAUGAAGUUCACUGAACAGUAUCAAUCCCAUGAUCCCAUCAUGUCAGGAUGCCUUCCCAGCAACCCGUGGAUAACUGAUGACAUCAUGUACUGGUCCAUGAACGCCAGCGAGGUGGCGACCCCAACCAAGCUGAGGGUGGAGCGCUGGAGCUUCUCCUUCACGGAGCUGCUCAACGACCCACUGGGACGCAAAGAGUUCAUGCAGUUCCUGGAGAAAGAGUUCAGUGCUGAGAACUUGUGCUUCUGGGAGGCGUGUGAAGACCUGAGACACGGAGAGCAUUCAAAGAUAGCGCAGAAGGUGGAAGAGGUAUACCAACAGUUUCUCGUACCCGGGGCCAGCAAGUGGGUGAACAUCGACAGCAAGACGAUGGAGAAGACGCUGGAGGGGAUCAAAUCGCCACACCGCUACAUCCUCGACGACGCACAGAUGCACAUCUACUUCCUGAUCAAAAAGGACUCCUAUCCGAGGUACAUGAAGUCACAGAUGUACAAGAGCUUGCUAGCCAGAGCCAUCGUGCCGCAGGAAACCAAGAAAGGCCUCAGUAUGUUUCCCUUCAUGAGAAGGCAGCGUCACUCCAGCCCGAGUCCUGCCGUCCUGACUCAGCCCGGAGAGGAUGCUGGGAAAAGCAAACCCGCCACGAUGACCACGCCCGGAACUGUCUCCCAGGUGGAGGAAUAAAACAAAGCCGGCGCUCCGCACUCGCUGCUCCCCACCUUCUCCUGAGCGAGAGCUGUCCCGUCUUCCAGGUGCUGUGCUGUUCCCACCACCUGCGCCUCACUGCAGCUGUGUGUGUGUGUGUGUGUGUGUGUGUGUGUGUGUGUGUGUGUGUGUGUGUGUGUGUGUGUGUGUGUGUGUGUGUGUGUGUGUGUGUGUGUGUGUGUGUGUGUGUGUGUGUGUGUGUGUGUGUGUGUGUGUGUGUGUGUGUGUGUGUGUGUGUGUGUGUGUGUAUCUGUAUCUGGACCAGCAGAUCAAUAAGAUGAAUGUGUCGGUGCCCCCCAUAGUCAAACAUUUGGCACUUUUUUUUCUUUUUUUUUUGGAGCGCAGGCACCAAGAAUGUACAGUGAGAGUGGAUUUGAGUGUGUUAUGGCUAGGGAUUAAUAAAAUGCACAGAUAAGUAGAUCAUAAAAUGGCCACGGAUUAAAACAGCAGUAACAGAUGCCCAACAGAACUGUAUGCUGCGCUCCUGCUAUGAAAUGCAUUUUAAAACCUGAAAUGAAAACGCAUGUUACCCCAACGCUCAGCUACCGUGAAAGUGAAAAACAGCCAGGAGGAGCCCUGACCUGGUUCAACAGAUAAUGCCACUACUAGCAUGCUCGCUGUAAAGCGAUUAUUUUGGGUCAGGAAAUAAUGUUAGUUUUAUAACUGUUUACAUGUAAUUUUUUUGCAUGUGUAGUCAGGAAUUAGGAACCUAUUACCUGCCUCCAGUAUUUCAGGGGAACCAUUCUCAUGGGACACACCCUUGAGAGGCAAGGUGGGGGGUGUCUGUGAGCUUGUGACACAGAGCAGCGGGAGUGAGUGAGGGAGUGACGUCAGCAGCGUCGGAGCUCCAUGUAUAUUCCUGGGAAUGUUACUGAUUCUACCCAUGCUGAUGUUGUUGUUUCAGCUUCUGAAUAAUAAAUGACC